AUGCCUGACAGACACAGACUAAAGCUUUUUUCCCACUUCAAGCAUCAGCUGCCUUCACUGCCUCAGGAAGAAUCUUCCCUUAACAAACAGAAUUCAAAUUCUUCAUCUCGAAAGUUCCUAGGCUUUUCCGUUGGCAAGCACGACUCACAGGAUUCGCUAGCUUCCCCAACAGUGACAAACUCCUCCGACCACCAGCAACCUCCGUCAAAAACGCCGUCGAUCGUGGUGAAGAACGCCUCCCAGAACCCAAACGCUGCUGCAAGAAACAGGAGCAUGGAAGACUCGCAGUCGCCAAAGGGACACAGCAUGGUGGACUUGAAACGUUUGUUCAAAAAUAAGAAAAGCAUCCAAAGCCCGAGCAACGGCGCCGCUCCAGGGCAAGGUCACGGUCACGGUCACGGUCACAGCCCUGGCCCUGGUCAUAACGGACACGUUGAUUCUGGCACCUUGAGUCCUCCACCAGUUGGUGGUGCGCUGCUGGGCCAACAUAGUCGUGCUCCACUGCUGACGUCGUUGGCUGCGCUUAUCAACCAGACAUCAUCGCAGCUUUUGAGCUCCUCCCAGGCCACCAAGCGGCAGGAGGGGCCCGUGCAUGAGCCAUUUACUCAAGACGGCUCUCCAAUGGUCAAAAAGUACGGUAAAGUAGAGAAAGAACUCGGCUCAGGCGCGGGCGGUUCCGUGCGCUUAAUCAUGAGGCCGCUGGAUCACAAAACUUUUGCCGUGAAAGAGUUUCGACCACGGAGAAAUACGGAGUCUUUCAAGGAUUAUACCCGUAAGUGUACAGCUGAGUAUUGCAUUGGCUCCACAUUGAAGCAUCCGAACAUCAUCAAAACCAUUGACAUCAUCCAUGAGAACAACAGGUACUAUGAGGUGAUGGAAUAUGCCCCGAUCGAUUUCUUUGCCGUAGUGAUGAGUGGCGAAAUGUCGAGACAAGAGAUAAACUGUUGUUUGAAACAGAUUUUAGAGGGCGUGUCUUACUUGCAUUCGUUGGGUCUUGCGCAUCGUGACUUGAAGCUCGAUAACUGUGUUUUGACCAAAGAAGGUAUUCUUAAGAUUAUUGACUUUGGGUCUGCUGUGAUUUUCAAAUACCCAUACGACCAGCACGGCUCUAGCAACGCUGACCCCAUCCACUAUUGUCACGGUGUUGUUGGCUCAGAUCCAUAUCUUGCACCAGAAGUAUUAACGAGCCUGAAUUCAUACAACCCACAGCCAGUGGAUUUGUGGUCUAUCGCGAUCAUCUACUGUUGCAUGACACUCAAAAGAUUCCCUUGGAAAAUACCCCAUCCAGAAAAGGAUAAUUCGUUCAAACUCUACGCUAUGGAGGAUGACAACUGGCACGACUACUACUUGUCAAACGAAUGCCAUAAACUUUUGUUGAAGCAGAGACAACUCAAGAAUCAGAUCAUCAAGCUGAACAAGAAGAAAAAACUUAUUCAGAGACAGAGGGAGCAAGAGGUGGGCGAAGUUCACGAAGACGAUGAUGAAGAGACAGUGGAGGCUGUAGAAGAAAAACUUCGAUCUCUCCUGCCUGUUAGGGUCCUUGAAGACGAUGAGAUGCAGUCAAUCGUGGACGAAUUGAAGGUGAUUGACGCCAAAGUCGAAGAAUUCGAAAAGAUCAAGGAUGAAAAGCGGGCGCAGUUCCAGAAACAGCGUGGCAUCUCAAGUGCCACAACAAACUCGACAGAAGACACAGCGAUACUGAGCAAUUCGCCGAGAUCAGACGACAAGCGUUCCAAGUCCCACAAGCUGAUUCAUGGUCCAUACAGAUUGAUGAGGUUGCUACCUCAUGCGUCUCGGCCGAUUAUCCACAAGAUGUUGCAGAUUGAUCCCUCCAAGAGAGCCACAAUCGAAGAAAUUCUUCUGGACGAAUGGAUCAAGAGCAUUGAGUGCUGUACAUUGAAGGAGGUGGAAGGAGCCAAUGGAGAUGAUGAUGAAGAUAUGGUUUUUGUUCCAGGAAAACCUUCACACGAGCAUACAGUUGUCAUGGAUGAAGGUAAAGAGGAGACAGCAUAA